AUGACAGAUUCAGGCGAGCUGGAGCAGGCGGCAACCCCCUGCUUUGGAAAAGUGCCCCGUGACCUGCUCCAAAACUUUCCUCACACUAAGCGUGUGGGCAGCUACCUGGUGGGCAAAAUGAUCAACAAGGGCUCAUUCGCCAAGGUUAUGCUAGGCAUGCACAUCAGCACAGGAGAGAAGGUGGCGAUCAAGGUGAUAGAUAAGAAAAAGGCUCGUCAGGAUUCAUACAUUUUAAAAAACAUGAAGCGCGAACCCCGGAUUCACCAGUUGAUCCACCACCCGAACAUCGUCUUGCUGCUGGAGACGCUGGAGACGGAGAACUGCUACUACAUGGCCAUGGAGCUUUGUGGAGGAGGAGACCUUAUGGAUCGAAUCUGUGAACGCAAACGGUUGGAGGAGAGAGAGGUUCGCAGAUACACCCGUCAGAUACUGUCUGCAGUGGAACACCUGCAUCGACACGGGAUAGUUCACAGGGACUUGAAGAUUGAGAACUUACUACUGGAUGAGCUCAACAACAUAAAGAUAGUAGACUUUGGACUGAGUAACACUCUGAAGGCAGACUCUCUCUCUCUGGAGCUGCUGAACACUCAAUGUGGCAGUCCUGCUUACGCGGCUCCUGAACUGCUGGCCCACAAGAAGUACGGCCCUAAAGUGGAUGUGUGGUCAGUGGGUGUGAGUAUGUUUGCCAUGUUGACUGGCAAUCUACCGUUUACAGUGGAGCCCUUCAAUAUCAAGCAGCUUCAUCAGAAAAUGGUGAAUGGAGAAAUCAGUCCGAUACCAUCGGACAUCAGCAAAGCGGCUGUACAGUUUGUCUUGUCUCUGCUGGAGCCAGAACCAGCAAAAAGGCCAACAGUAAAAACAGCAAUGCAGGAUAAAUGGUUGAAUGAGGGAUAUGCCAAGAGACCCCUCCAUACUGUCACUCAUAAAAACAGGCUGCGUCCUGAGGAUCUGAAUUCUGCUGUGUUAAAAUACAUGACUGAAUCUCUAGGUUACGGUCUUUCUGAUAUCAUCCACACGGUCACCAGUAACAAGCCAUCAACCACUUUGGCUUGCUACCAUCUCCUGCUGAAAAAACUCACCAGGCAUCAGAAAGUAGUGAGGACCAUGAAGAGAGAAGAGAACAGCGAAUGGAAUCUUCUGAAUAAGGGCUUGUUGAGAAGGACAUGCAAUGCAAGUGCAAAGAGUCAGCAGCAGUCUCCUCAGAGUGACACAGCCAAUGAGAGGAGCACAAGGCAGUCCAGUAAGACCCAGCAGAGCCAAUCACAGGACAGAGACACCCAGAGUGCCACAAAAAGGACAGCAGAGAGCAUAAGACCAAAGCAGUCAAGCCUAGUGGACAGAGAAGAUUCUCCUUCACUUCUGCCUGUGGAUACAGCUAAUGAGAUCACCAUGCUGGUCAAGACACAUGAUGGGCUGAUUCCUAAGGUCUUAACUUUUGGUGAGAAGGAGAAGCUUUGUGUUUCACCGCCUAAGUGUUCCUGCAGAGAGGGAAGUGGCACCAAACUCUGUGAUUCCGCCACUUUUGAUGCCACUGUAACCAUAGAAACUUCCAGAGACUCCCAGACAAUGAAAACAUCAAUCAAACCACAUGAUCUGAGACCGGCUUACUCUGACAAAUAUCAAGUGCUAGAAUACGAACAUCAGCCUGAUGACAAGUUAGAAAAGUUGCAGACAUUCUACUCCGAGAGAGGGGCAUCUCCCAGAAUGGGACAGCGCUUUAAGGAUUUAUUACUAGCCAUUGAGGAGAAAACCUACAAUGCUCGCCACCUCAGCGCCAUGGAAACCACAACACAAACCUCCCCUUUACCUCGACUGCGUCACACUAGAACGCUGAAGGAAGCCACACCUAGAAAAGUCACCUGGGUCGGUCUUAGGCACCACACAACACCUGGCACUGGCUCCUCGCCUUUCUUAGUAAAUGGGUCCAAACCUCCAUUGUUUCCAUCUCAGAGACAACAAGCUCUCGUCAUUAAAAACCUGAGACAUGCAAAGGAGAAGAGGAACACAGGAACGGGAGGAGGAGGAGGGAUUGGUGUCCCCAGUAAUACCUCGAAAAGAAACUCUGUUCAGUUGCGAACAGCUAUACAGCGCAGAGUCACGGACCUCAGCUUACCAAUGCUUCCGUCUGCUUUACAAAACAAAUCUGACAUAAAGACAAAAAUACUCAGAAUGGAUUUCAGGUGACAUUUCAGGGAUUUGAGGCCUUCUCAAAGGGAAUAUGCUGGGUUCAGUACAAGUCAUGCUCAGUCGACAGCAUUUGUGGCAUACUGUUGUUUACUACAAAACAAAUCAUUUUGAUCCAUGCAUCCCUUGUUUAAGGCAAGACACUACAGGAAAAACCAUUGUUUUUUUCAUGCACAUAUAUUCUAAAGAUUUUUACAGAGGAGUUUUGUUCAUAUAUCAUCCAUCUGGUUUAUAUACAUUUUUAUUCCUUAAAAUAUGGUAAAAAUAUUUUUUGUUUUAUAGAGUCAUAAAGGUUUUUACAAAGGGGAUUUUGGAUAUCUUAACUCUAAUAUAUCAAUAAAGUGGAAUUUUGAACUUGACUUUAUCUAAUGUUCAGAUUUGACAUGUAUGCAAAUUUGGGCAUAUUUGACUAGACAGUGUUUCAUUUGCAUAUUUUAAAAACAUAAAAUUUCAGAAAACUUAUAAUACAAAACAGUUGUCUUAAUGUACUGUGAUUAAUCAACUGGUGAAUGGUGGGGCACCAUUGAGUCGGAUUUGUAAGCCAAGGGUCACUGGUUUGAUUUCUCAGUACCAGCAGAAAUUGUUGGUGGGGGAGUGAAAAGACAGUGCUCUCUUCAUCCCUCAAUACCCACAACUGAGUUGCCCUGGAGCAAGGCACCAAAACCCCAUUUGCUGCCAAGGUGCCGCGGCAAAAUGGCUGUGAUCGCGGUGUGUGUACGCGCUUACUUGGAUGGGUUAAAUGCAGAGCACAAAUUCUGAGUAUGGUUUACCAUACUUGGCAAUCACAUCACUCACUUUCACUUUCAGUCUUCGCCUUAUUCACCUUUAGUGCUUUACCUUGAAUUCACUUCCACUUUAUGUGCCUCACUUUCAUAUUUUUUGCGAGAUAAUCAGUAUUAUGCCAGUUGCUGAAAAUAAGCUAUCUGCUUCAGGAAGAAUGAGAUACGUUAUCUUAUUAAAAUCAACAUAUUGUCUUACCAUUACCUCCCCUCUUGCCCCCCAUCCUCCCUUUUUCUAGCAUAAUCCCCUGGUCCCAGGACAAUUUGACUACUCUUGAGUUUCUUAAUUGUCUGGUUGGGAUUUGACUGAUGUCCAUUGUAGGUUUUAAGCUGCUAUCAUGUUUCUCGCUUUAUGAAUGAACGCAUCUGAAUAGCAUCACUCAGCUAUGCCAGUCGGUGCCAAAGGAUGAGGAUCCAGCUUAUGAGGAAAAUGGCUAAUAUAACUGAACUAUUAUAUUGGCUUUUUGUUUGAAGCUUACAAUACAAUAAACUAUUGUUCAGGAAUGAGGAAAUGUAGUUUUGGUACAAACUUUGUUUUCUUUUUUUAACAACUUAUCUUAAAAAUAACUUGACAGGCUACUCAAUACUGGACUGCUCACAUAAUUGUAGACAUCUAAUUAGGCUUAUUUAAGGGUGUGUGUGUGUAUGUUAAAUGAGCAACUGUGAUGUGGCUGCUCCCCAAUGGCCAGAAGGGUUUUGAAUAAUGGACAUGUAAAGGAAUCUUUCCCUCUUUUCAAAUGGCGAGGAGCUCAUGAAUUAUGAAC